AUGUCCAAAAACUCGAUAUAUGAGGGUAUUGAACCCCUAAAACCCACAUGGUUGAGGUUGAGUGAUCUUCAUGUCGCUAUUCCCGUCGUGAUAACGGCAAUUGGACCCGACAGGACAUCUUUUGACUUCUCGGGAGAUCUGACAGCCCUACAUAACUUAUAUGCUGUUCCUUUCCUUAUUGAUAUCUUUAGGAACCGGCCAUCUUGGUUGUUCUGGGAUCAAAAGCCUGUUGUCUGUGGAUAUACACGAGGCUCUCCCCACCUCUGCCGUCUUUACCGCAAUGACGGUUCAUGGCCCUCACUGAAUUUGCCGGGCAUCUUCACGGCAAAGCUUUGCGAGCGCCUGGAAACAUUUUACUCGUUCCUUCGACCUUUGCCCAAGAACGUGCAGAUCCUUUUCCCCCGCGCUUCCUACAGCUUGCCAACUCAUUCGUUCCAUUUAAAGUUGAUGACAAUCUAUCAAAUCAAGCUAUUUCUUUUGAGGUACAGCGCUGACAUGACGUAUCAGACCGCAUAA